CGAUGGAGCGAUUGUGUGGGUUGCUCGUGUGUUUCGUGUCGCUCACUCUAGCUGAGUUUCCUACAAAGGAAUUUGUGGAGCAAAUACGCCCGACAGUCGAAAAAUGUGAAGGGAGCACCGGAGUUGACAAAGGUCUCGUUGAACAAUUCAGUCGAGGCGAAAGUAUGCCUGAUGACCCUAAAUUAAAGUGCUAUAUGAAGUGCAUAUUCUUGGAAUUAGAUGUGCUGGAUCCACAAACGGGGUACUUCAAAUUCCAAAAGAUGCUGAACAUGCUUCCCGAAGAGAUGAAGAGCAUAGCGUAUGAUAUGGGCAAGAACUGCGUGCAUUUCAAGGGAGAAGAAGGCACCGAUAUGUGUCAAGAAUCUUACGAUGUCCAUAGUUGUUGGCAGAGAGCGGAUCCUCAGGACCUAACGCCACCAGCACCAGCAGCGCCUCUACAGAUGUAGCAGCACCAAGUAGAAAUGUACGUUAAAACGAAAAGCAUUUUAAAAAGUUUGGUUUUUAUUGUGCUUAUCAUUUUAAACAUAAGUGUCGCCAUCUAUGUAUUCUAAAGAAAUUAAUUCGUCAAUGUGAAUAAUAAUGUUAUAAACAAUUAUAAUUUUGAUACCUUCCCC